UCUUGUGACAACAGGAAGCCGGAAUGACAACAGUGUGAGGAUGCUGCAGCCUGUUUGACUAUUUUCAACACUUCAUUUAUUCAUUUUUUAGAAGGAAACAGACUACAAUGACUUCCAUUAUAAAAGAAACACAAAGCAUAAAAGAAGCAGUGACUUUAAUCAAUGCAAUUGAUGUGAACAAGUUCUCCAGACUGAUCUCCCGCAUCAUACAGAAGCUUCAUCUGAAGGGAGAACGGACAUUCAGUGAAGAAGAGGAGGAAAAACUCCAGACUGCUCUCUCAUUGGAUAAAAAUGCUCUCAACCUAGUCUUGGAAACUUCUGCCUUCAUACUAGAGCAAGCAGUGUAUCAUAACGUAAAGCCAGCCUCUUUGCAACAGCAGCUGGAGAUUGUUCAUCUAACCCUGGAGAAGGCUGAGGUUUUCUCCCAAACCUGGGCAACUGCUGGACCUGAGCUGGUGGAGAAACAAAAACUUAAUGUGUUUGCCCCUAAGAAGCUGGAGUAUGUCGGUUGGCAACUGAACCUGCAGAUGGCCCAGUCCAGCCAAGCCAGACUGAAGUCUCCCAGCGCUGUCCUCCAGCUGGGGCUCCGGAGUGAAAACUCAGAGGUUCAGGAAAAUGUUUUCGUUGAGUUUAACCACCAGGAGCUACUUGAUUUGUACAGCAAGCUCGAAAUCGUCCAAGGACAGCUGGAUUCCCUGACAUGAUGCCUGGUGGACUUUGUACAGCCACACACACACACACACACACACACACACACACACAGACACACACACACACACACACACACACACACACACACUAUAUAUGUUAAUGGUGUUUUUGCUGACAGCCAUGCAGCUGUCAGGCCUCGCAAUUAAAUUUGUGCUCUGAUUUAUUUGAGAAAUAUGUCAGAUUUGAAGGAAGGGGUUUCCUUUUGAACUCCUUUUUUUGUGGUCAUUACAUAGAUUGGAUUUCUAUGGUGGGAAAUUACCCUCAACUUCAUCAGUAUGAAUGGUACUUGAACAAGUUUGUUAACAUUUUUCUCCACCUUCUAGUAAGUUAAUGCUUGCUUUCCCUAUGCAUUCCUUAUAAUAAGAUGUAGAUGAUGGAAAUGUGACAUUUAGCUUCAACUUUUCUUUGUACGCUCAGAAAAAGAGAAAAAAAAAUGGAAAUUAAAUGUCAAAAUGUCAUUUGAGUUACAACAAAUGCAUUGUGUAGCUUGAAGAAUGAACUGCUCUCCAUGCCAUUCUAAUAAAA